AUGCGGUUUUCUCUCGAUGGUACCAGCGAGAAGAAAAGCGAGGCUUUCAACGACACCAAUGGCUUGGGCGAGCAUCAGUUGAACUAUGAUCCGGACCUCGCUCAUCCAGCAGCUCCCUACACAGAUGCCGAGCGCCAUGUCCUGCCGCCGGGCAUCUCGGAAAGGAGACUGCUCACGAAAAUCGACUUGAGAGUGAUACCCGUGCUCUCCGUGCUCUAUCUUCUGGCCUUUCUCGACCGAACCAAUGUCGCCAACGCCGCCAUCUUUGGGCUUCAGAAAGAUCUGGGCUUGACUGCCACGCAGUACUCAACGGCCUUGACCAUUUUCUUCGUCCCGUAUGUCAUCUUUGAGAUUCCUUCCAACAUCAUCUUGAAGCGUCUCAGACCUCAUGUCUGGCUCUCGAUUUGUAUGUUUGGCUUUGGCCUUGUAACGGUUUGCCAAGGUCUUGUUCAGGGCUAUGGCGGUAUCAUCACCACUCGAUUUUUCCUCGGGCUCUUUGAAGCCGGCAUGUUUCCCGGAAGUUUCUAUCUGAUAGGAAUGUGGUACAAACGUGCCGAGGCUCAGAAGCGAUACACGUUUUUCUUCGCCAGUACGACCCUGGCCGGCGCCUUUGGCGGUCUCCUCGCCUCAGCCAUUGGCAAAAUGGAUGGUCUCUGUGGCUAUCUUGGAUGGAGAUGGGUGUUCAUCAUCGAAGGCUGCGUCACUUGCUUGGUCUCGUUCAUCUGGUUCUUUGUCAUUCCCGACUUUGUCGAGGAGGCCAAAUGGCUUAGUGAGCCGGAGCGACAAUUUGUCAUGCAGCGACUCCGCGAUGACCAGGGCAAAUCAGCCAUUGAGCGACGCAUCACCUUCAAGGACGUGGUGAAUUGCUUCAAGGACUAUAAGAUCAUCCUUGGCGGCUUCAUGUACUUUGGACUGAUCGUACCAGCUUAUGGCUAUGCCUACUUUGCACCAACCAUCAUCAAAUCGUACGGAUACGGAUCGAUUCAGACUCAACUACAUUCCGUUCCGCCCUGGGCGGCUGCAUUCGGGUUUUCCAUGUUAAUCGCCGCCUUGUCCGAUCGUCUACGCCACCGGUUCCUGUUUGCCAUGGUCCCCAUUUUGAUCGCCAUUGCCGGGUUUGCCAUCCUCAUGACCGUGCACCAUGACCACCAUACCGAAUACGGUGCUUUGUUCCUAGUCACUUCGGGAUGUUACUCGGCCAUGCCUAUCAUUGUAUGCUGGUUCAGUAUGAAUCUAGGUGGGCAUCAUAGAAGAUCCGUGGGCACCGCGUGGCAGAUUGGCUUUGGAAAUAUUGGCGGUAUCAUUGCCAGUUACAGCUUCGAGUCCGGCGAUGCCAAAACAUUCUUCCACAAAGGUUACAGUAUCUGCAUGGGCUUCAUCUGCCUGAGCGCCGUCAGCUGCGUGCUGUACUAUGUGGCCUGCGCCACCCAAAACAGAAGUCGCGAAAAGACACCCCCCGAUGUCGGCUUGACCGAGUACGAGAAGACCGAGAUGGGCGACAUGAACCCGGAGUAUCGCUACAUGUUAUAG